CAGAUGAAUGCAUGGACAUUCCUUAAUGGUUGUCCGAGGAGCAGUAAAAGAGAGGACGGGUAUAUAAGCUAGCGGGUCAGACUGGACAUUGACUAGCAGGAGCCAGCGGCGUUUGAGUCUCUCACCAGGAACAGCUACACAGCUAAAUAACAGAACCGAUCAACAUGUGUGACGACGAAGAGACGACAGCUUUGGUGUGCGACAAUGGCUCAGGUCUGGUGAAAGCUGGCUUUGCCGGUGAUGAUGCCCCCAGGGCAGUCUUCCCUUCCAUCGUCGGUCGCCCUCGUCACCAGGGUGUGAUGGUUGGCAUGGGUCAAAAAGACUCCUACGUUGGAGACGAGGCUCAGAGCAAGAGAGGUAUCCUUACCCUGAAGUACCCCAUCGAGCACGGCAUCAUUACCAACUGGGAUGACAUGGAGAAGAUCUGGCACCACACCUUCUACAAUGAGCUCCGUGUGGCCCCUGAGGAGCACCCCACCCUGCUCACAGAGGCCCCCCUGAACCCCAAGGCUAACCGUGAGAAGAUGACUCAGAUCAUGUUUGAGACCUUCAACGUCCCUGCCAUGUACGUGGCCAUCCAGGCUGUCCUGUCCCUGUACGCUUCUGGACGUACCACCGGUAUUGUACUGGAUUCUGGUGAUGGUGUGACCCACAAUGUGCCCAUUUAUGAGGGUUACGCUCUGCCCCACGCCAUUAUGCGUUUGGACUUGGCUGGUCGUGACCUGACAGACUACCUGAUGAAGAUUCUGACUGAGCGUGGAUACUCUUUUGUCACAACAGCCGAGCGUGAGAUUGUGCGUGACAUCAAGGAGAAACUGUGCUAUGUAGCCCUGGACUUCGAGAACGAGAUGGCCACCGCAGCCUCCUCUUCGUCCCUUGAGAAGAGCUACGAGCUUCCUGACGGUCAAGUUAUCACCAUUGGUAACGAACGUUUCCGUUGCCCUGAGACUCUCUUCCAGCCUUCCUUCAUUGGUAUGGAGUCUGCCGGCAUUCAUGAGACCGCCUACAACAGCAUCAUGAAGUGCGAUAUUGACAUCAGGAAAGACCUUUAUGCCAACAAUGUCCUGUCUGGUGGUACCACAAUGUACCCCGGUAUCGCUGACCGUAUGCAGAAAGAGAUCACAGCACUGGCUCCGAGCACAAUGAAGAUUAAGAUCAUUGCUCCCCCUGAGCGCAAGUACUCCGUAUGGAUCGGCGGUUCCAUCCUGGCUUCACUGUCCACCUUCCAGCAGAUGUGGAUCACCAAGCAAGAAUAUGAUGAAGCCGGACCCAGCAUUGUCCACCGCAAGUGCUUCUAAGGGCCCGUUUUGGCCAACCACAUUUUGACUGCCUCCUGCUCAGGAACCAAGGAAGGUUACUUUGCUCCUGUGGACUAUUCAGGACAGUUUUCUACAAUUGUUAAUUGUGUAAUGACACUUUUACAAUUGCUUGAUGUAGGAGAAAGCAGUUGAAAAACAUGGGAAAAAGAUGCCUACGUCAAGGGAGAAAUACCAAGCGUCCGCUGUUGCACAAAAAUGUAUUUAUUACUGACUUCCAUAGCUUGGUAUUUUGGCAAAAGCUUUCAGAAAUGGAAGGACCCUGCCCCGCCAACCCUGUGAUGUUUUGCCAUACGUUCCACUGUACGCCCUUGUCCAUUCGAAGACCAACACAAAUCACACACCAGCAGACUAAUAAAAAUGUUGAAAAUC